CGGUUGCGCGCCUCCCGCUGCAGCACCGCAGGCUCACAGCAUAAAUGUCAAAAAUAUUUCCUACGAAGCAUAAGAAUCCCUGAUUGCAAACGUGCCCCACACCCACCAUUGACUAUAAAGUGAAGAAAAGUAUGAGAGAGCCAUCUGGUUAAGUCUACGCUUUGAUGACCACCACAUCCACCAGAAGACCCAGGAUGGAUCUGCACCAAAGCACUGCCAUCACUUUCCUUGAAAAAUGGUGUUUGGAUAAGUCACUCUCUGGCUACAGGAGACAUUAUAGUGUCAGGAAAAAACUGAAGUUGAUUCGAAUCGUCGGCCUUUUCAUGGGCCUCUUAGCCAUUAGCACUGUCUCAUUUUCAAUCAGUGCCUUUUCUGACACAGAGACCAAGAGUAUGGAAGAAGCCGCUGGUGCAAGUGGCCCUAAGGUAGCACACGGUUACCGCCAAAGAACUCUCUUAGAUUUAAAUGACAAGAUUCUGGAUUAUACUCCCCAGCCACCUCUUUCCCAGGAAGGCCAGUCCGAGAACACAACAGAUCAUGCCCAAGGAGACUACCCAAGAGACAUCUUUUCCCUUGAGGAGCGAAGAAAAGGUGCCAUCAUUCUCCAUGUCAUUGGAAUGAUCUACAUGUUCAUAGCUUUAGCCAUCGUCUGUGAUGAGUUCUUUGUUCCUUCGUUGACUGUCAUCACUGAGAAAUUGGGCAUCUCUGAUGAUGUGGCCGGAGCUACCUUCAUGGCUGCUGGGGGCUCGGCCCCAGAACUUUUUACAUCUCUCAUAGGGGUAUUCAUUGCUCACAGCAAUGUCGGCAUAGGCACAAUCGUGGGCUCAGCGGUGUUCAAUAUCCUUUUUGUUAUCGGCAUGUGUGCUCUGUUUUCGAGAGAAAUCUUAAACCUGACAUGGUGGCCGCUCUUUCGGGAUGUGUCCUUUUACAUCAUUGACUUGAUCAUGCUGAUCAUAUUUUUCCUGGAUAAUGUGAUCAUGUGGUGGGAAAGCUCGCUUCUCUUAACAGCUUAUUUUGGCUAUGUGGUUUUCAUGAAAUUCAACGUCCAAGUAGAAAGAUGGGUGAAGCAAAUGAUAAAUCGCAAUAAAGUCGUCAAGGUGACAGCGCCAGAGGCCCAAGCAAAGUCAUCUACAGCCAGGGACAAGGAUGAGCAGGCCCUACCGCCCAAGCCCCGUCUCCAGCGAGGGGGAAGUUCUGCCUCCCUCCACAACAGCCUCAUGAGGAAUAGCAUCUUCCAGCUCAUGAUUCAUACCCUGGACCCACUCGCUGAAGAACUUGGAUCAUAUGGAAAACUAAAAUAUUAUGACACAAUGACUGAAGAAGGGAGGUUCAGAGAAAAGGCUUCCAUUCUCCACAAGAUCGCCAAGAAGAAAUGCCAGGUGGAUGAGAAUGAGAGGCAGAAUGCAGCUGCCAAUCACGUGGAAAAAAUCGAGCUCCCAAACAGCACCAGCACAGAGGUUGAAAUGACACCACCCAGUGAUGCUUCAGAACCUGUGCAAAAUGGAAAUCUCUCCCACACCAUUGAAGCCGCAGAAGCCCAGACCACAGAGACGGGUGAAGAGGAGGAGGACCAGCCUCUCAGCCUGGCCUGGCCUACCAACCGCCGCAAGCAAGUCACAUUCCUCAUCGUUUUACCCAUAGUGUUUCCUCUCUGGAUCACCUUGCCAGAUGUCCGCAAACCUUCAUCAAGGAAGUUUUUUCCCAUCACAUUCUUCGGCUCCAUCACCUGGAUUGCUGUAUUCUCUUACUUGAUGGUCUGGUGGGCACACCAGGUUGGAGAGACGAUUGGCAUUAGUGAAGAGAUUAUGGGUCUCACCAUCUUGGCUGCCGGAACCUCCAUCCCUGAUCUUAUCACCAGUGUCAUAGUGGCCCGGAAGGGGCUUGGGGACAUGGCUGUGUCCAGCUCUGUUGGAAGCAACAUUUUUGACAUCACCGUAGGGCUUCCACUGCCCUGGCUCCUAUAUACUAUCAUUCACAAGUUCCAACCGGUGGCUGUCAGCAGCAAUGGCCUCUUCUGUGCCAUUGUCCUCCUCUUCAUCAUGCUACUCUUCGUCAUCCUCUCCAUUGCCCUCUGCAAAUGGCGGAUGAACAAAGUGCUGGGCUUCAUCAUGUUUGGCCUCUACUUUGUGUUCCUGGUGAUCAGUGUCCUCCUAGAAGACAGAAUUCUUGUGUGCCCUGUCUCCAUCUAGUAGGAAAAGCCAUAUCCUGAACCAACAGCAUGGAUGGCCCCUCCCUGCCCUGGGUUCUAGGCUCCUUGACCUCUCCCUUAAAGAGGCAGCUGGCACACAGCCAUGGGCAUUUCAAAGUGUCCCUCCCUGGUGGAUGUGAGGCGGGAUGGAUUUACACUGGGCCCCCUCAUUUCACAAGCUGCUGCCAACCUUGCCUGCUGACACAGCGCCAUGCAAGAGACCAUGCAAGAACUGUCCAUUUGGGGCUUCUCUCCAUUCGCCACUGACAGGUACUCCUCGCUGGUCGGAGGUACAUUCAUUGUAAUGAUGCAAACAGUGACAGAGGCUCACUCUCUAUAUAUACAUAUAAAAUAUACAAAUUAUAAAUAGAUGCACAGGAAUAUAACCCUGCCUGCUCCUAUAUUAUACCUCUCCUUUCAUACCUAUAGAGUAAUACAUACCUGUAUACAAACACAAAGAAAGAAAAAUUUUAUAUAUAUAUAUAAAAUCAUCACAUAUAUAUAAAAAUACAAAUGCAUCUUUUCAGGGAUAGCUCUAGUAUAUUUAUAGCACCUAUUUGAAGAGGGGCAUCAACCUUCAGUCAGAGCUUUACCUCUUAAGUACAAGAGGUAGACGAAUAGAAUCAUUGCCGUGACCUUCAGCCUACCUUGGACUUACUGGGAUCCUGCCGGGUAAGGUGGAUAUUUUAGAGGAAUUCGUUGCAGGAUGGAGGGCUUGGUGGAGAAGGUCUGUAGGGACCCUGAGCUGAGACCUCCAAAACAUUCCCACCAGCCAAACAGUGAAGACUUUCUGCUCACCCCUGCUGGGGCACACUGACCAAAGCCCAUGGAGCCACUUGGAACAGACAGAGGUAAAACCCAGACUGGGUGGAUAUUGCUUUGGGGUCAGGGGAGAGGUGAUCAGAGUUGGGGUUUUUUGGAUUUUUAUAUAUAUAUAUAUUGCCCCAGCAUGCAAGUAGAAAAUGUAACUGCAAACCAAAUUAGUGCUCUCCUAGGACAAGACUAUAGAAACUGAACCUAUACUGUUCUAAUGCAUGUCCCAUUAUCAUCAGAAAAAAGGGGGGGCAAAUUUAACUGUGAUUGUCAUUUAGGUGUAUUUUGAUGCUAAGGGCUCACAUAUAAUCUAAAAUGCCUGCCAAGAGAGCCUGGGGUAGGUAAUAAGAAAUACCAUCCAAUAGAGAGGCUCAGUGGAACUUGCCACCUAAUGGGAAUAUAAGGGCGUAGUCCUUUAACGCAUCUUCCAAUAUGGUUCACAAAGGGCUUCAGUGUCUAAAGAAAUCAUCAUUCCUGCAGUAGAAAUAAACAGAGUCUGAUCUGUAGUGCUUGGGUCUGAGGCAGCGUAGAGAUGUGUGCAAAGGCAUUUGUAUACCCAGUGCACCAAGGAAGGUUUCUGAGGCCUAUGUCUAGUGAUGCCAGGACAAGGAUUUGCUUAGAGCCCAUGCAAAAUCUGUUUCUCCUUCCAUCGAGACCCUACAUGGGACUCUUGCUAGCUUAGACAGCCCACUGAAGACGUGUCACACUGGCCUCAAGCCAGUCACUCCAAGGCUUUGAUCUCCUGAUUUUGCUCAGCAUUUGUGUGACAUUUUCAUUUCAUUCGUUCCAUGCCCCCCCCCAAACUCUGUUUGAUACCUUGUAUGAUUUCUCAGAUCUAUUUCAAUAGAAAAUAAAAUCAUCGGGGGGAAAAAGGCAAACUAGAUUGAUGAGAAAAUACAGAAAGAUUUUCACGUCUCCAAGUCAUGCUUUCCUUAUAAUCAGUUGAAAAAGUAAAUAGAAGAUGGCCCAUUAUUCUGUACCCAUUUUACAUCUCAGCAGGCACAUACCGCAUACGAUAUGGGUUUUUGUCUCCAGUUUACUGUGUCCCUGAUGCCUGCUAUGAUCCUGUUGUGAGCACAUAGCUCCUAACACAGGGAGACAGAGUGCAGAACUCACAACUAGGCAUAGAGGAAGGAGCACCUUUCAGCCCCAGAUCAGGCUCAGUAUCCCUUCCACAAAACCCCAGCUCACUCCACAGCGCAUGGCAGUAACAGGCAGUGUCCCUCACGGCCCAGCACCCCCAAGCAAAAAGCAGUUCUGAGUGGAGGCUCACUUGGGAAAAACAAGAAAUCAAGAUGGCUGCCAUGCAGGAGGCGAGCCUUCGAGUCUCUCCAACUUUGCAAAGUCAGGUUUUCGGUUGUGUGAAAAACCCACGUCUCCUUCAUCAAGGACAGGAUGUUGUAUUGAGGCAAGAAUUUGUGCUACUUCCUUAGAGGGAAAGAGUGAGUGAACUUCUUCAAAACUCUGGUUGGUUUCCCUGUGCGUUACUUGAAGGUGAGCAAACGGGUUCAUUGCGUGAGUUUUUUUAUUGGCUUGUCUGUUAUCCGAAAGAAGGUUUGAAUAGGUGAUUUUAACCCAACUCAUAUAGACUGUGUGAAACCAAAAAGGACAAGGGAGGCCCCCUGCAGCCCUGUUGUUGUGCCAGCAACUCCCCUGCCUCCUCACUCUCCCCCCUCCUCCCCAGUUAUCCCCCACCACCACCCCCACCCCCGAUUCGAGGGAGACCCAUCCAGGCAGCCACAGAGCCUGGGGGCUCCAUUCCAUAGGAAGUGUAGUGGUCACUGAUGAGAAGUUUUGAAGACAGUACUUCCGAGCCCAUUCCCACCCCUGUGAUGUGCCCUGAGUGCAGUGGACGACAGCGGUGUUCCCUGGCCAGCUGGUGUGCAGGCAACCUUCCCGUCCCACUGCCUGACCCCAGCAUGUGUCUGUGGGGUCAUGUGUUGGGCCAGGGCAAAUCCAGAGAGCGGUGUACAGAAUGCAGCAGUGAAUCUUUAAAAGCAUUCAAACCACUAAUGUAAUUAUGAGAGCUUUCCUGAGCAGGUCAUCUCUAACACUUCCCCUGCAUGCCUGUGCAUAUACUUACAAAAACACAUCUUUAUGCCACGUCUAUGUGCACACACUGACCUCAUCACUUACAUCGUCAGGAUUCAAAUCCAGGGCACAUCAAGUUUGUCAUAAUGAAGGAAAAGGAAAGUCACGCACACCAACACCCAAAGGGAACAGCUGUAAGACUUGGUCUGUGCACAUGUCCAUACAAACCUACACCUAUGCCCCCUUCCCAUAUAUUUUCCCACCCUAAGAGUAUACAGUCACAUACAACCUAUGGAAAUGGCCAGCCAUAUCCCUCACGCUGAUGUAGAGGCAAAGAAUACACAACAGAAAAACUUAGACCGUAGAUAUUAUUUGCUUUCUUGUAGCGGGGUAUAUAAGGUACUAUCAAAAAUUCUAAAGCCCACUUAUUACUGCUCAAUCUGAAAUAAACAAGCUAUAUGGGGGUGCCUGGGUGGCUCAAUCA